AUGGCUGGCAACUCCUUGAUAGAUUUCGAUCCAUAUGAGUUGUUAGAUUUGAAACCGGACUGCACGGAUGCGCAAAUUGUAAAAGCAUUCAGGAAAGCUGCUCUGAAGUGGCAUCCCGACAAAAAUCCCGAUCGUAAACAAGCAGCACAAGAAAUGUUCCUAAAGAUAUCCAAGGCUUUUGAGUUGUUGUCGGAUGCAGCGGCUCGAGCUGCUUAUGACCAUGUACUGGCUGCUAGAACAGCACAUACCAUUUAUGUACGAAGAAGACGAAAUAAUGAAGGCGAGAAACGACGGAAAUUACGUGAGGAACUUGAAAGGCGAGAGGCUAAUGUGUUAAACGUUCAACACGAGAAAGAAAAGGCCAAAAGGGAGCUUGAGAAAGAGAUUCAACGUCUACGGAAGGAAGGUUCCAAACUGCUACAACGUGAAAGAGAAAAUAUUGAACAACAAAUUCGUAAAAAUGCGACUGUGGAAGAGCAAAGCGGUGAUAAACGGUUAUUAGCCUGUUAUAAAUUAAGAUGGAAGUGUGAAACUGAUCAAUGUAAUUAUGAUGAAGAUGAUUUAAGGAAAUUAUUCUCUAAGUAUGGACACAUUUCCGAUAUAAUCGUUUCAAGCAAUAGCAAAGGCAUGGCAAUUUUGGAAUUCGAUGAAUUGUUGGAUGUAGAUGGGAUUGAAAAAGAAACGGGGAAACCUGAUGUUCCAAUUGCUACGACAUGUUUGCAAAAACCGUCUUCCAGGUUGAGAAGUUCGGAAAUACAACGAAGUAGACCAGUAGAACGGCCGAUGACAUCUGUUGAAUUCGCUGAUUUUGAAGCUGAAGUUUUGGCGACGAUGAUGGCUGGGUCAAAGCGGAAAGGUGAUAAAGGCGAAAGCAAAUUUGAUAAUUUUUAA